AUGAGUAGCAUAUACACUGAAGAGACAAGUGCUACUCAUAAAAUCACGAGAACAAUUUUGGAUCUUCUUUUCUCCGUGAGAUCGUAUGGGUCUCCAGUAAAACCGAGUUGCAAUAGUGGAACAGAACCACAAUCGCCAAGAAAAGUCCCAAAAUAUAAAUCUGCAGCUUUGGAUCAAAACAAUUUGCAAAAAGUGCAAUUACAAGGAGCAAAAAGAAAAAAGAGAUUAAAAGAAAAGAAACUCGAGGAGCAACAAUUAAGUGAAAGAAGCACACUUUAUCAUUACGACCACAAGACUAGUGAGACACCUACAACUUACGAGGACUUGCUCAAAAAGCGACUUGGACUCAAAGGACCAAUAAUACCAUACCAAAUUACCAAAUUGGAAGCUUUUUCUUCGAAUACUGAUGAUACAUCCUCGAUGGCAGAAACGAUUCGGAGUCUGAACAUCAGAAGCACUAUAUUACUGGAAAAACAAGAAUAUCUGGUAAGAAAUGAAACUUUGCUAUGGUGCGACUCAUUUUUGGAGGCUUCUGAUAUUGGAGAUAUAGUAGAAGCAUCUAAGAACUGGUGCUUUCCGCCUUUGUGGGUCCCAAAAAAAAUGAGCUUUCGAGCUUUCAUGACAGAUAAUUUUAGACAAGCAUUCAGGGCCAUUGAAAAUGACGUAUUAAAUUUUCAGAACAAUUCGGAGGCUAUCCAGAAUAAAUUAUGCGAAACUUGUAGGGAAAUAUUGACAAAACAGGGAGUUACUAGUGACUUUUUGCAGUACACACAUUCCUAUUCACGAAUGCUUGAGCCCGUUGAAAAAGAGUUUGACAGUUUAAGAAAGUUGAUCGACUCUUCGGAGCUGAAGGCAAGUCAUAUACAACAUGAAGUUUUGGAAAGAAAGUUUCUGGAGACCAAAAUGAUGUUACAGGGGCUACCUGAAUUUUUCGAGACCCUCCUGUCUAAAAGAAGAAUAGCAGAGUCAAAGCUCUACGAGCUCAAUCAGUUUUGUGCUCUUGUAGACAACCACCAAAAACUCAAUGAAAAAAUUGUGAAAAAGUUUGAAAUUUUACAUCUGGAAUUCAUUGAUUACAAUCAUGUCAUGCAAGAAUACGUCCUAAAAUUAAAAGAUCAUUUCGAACUUUUAACACUGGAGUUCCUAGUCUCAGACUGGCAAAGACAUUUCGCAAGAUUUGCAAUAGCUUUGAAAAGAUCCUUCCAUGAGAAUUAUGAAGCCCACCAAAUUUUGAAUUCCAUAGUAUUUCGUAGGAAACAGGUUGCAAGAAACGUAACGCACAUCCAAAGAAAGAUAGUUUACUUUGAAAGGACAUAGAAAAUACAAAAAAACUGACUUUAGAGAUAUUCAAAGAUAGAUUGAAUCCAGGCUAAGCACAUUCCCAGUAAUCAGCAUUUUCACCAGAAACAGCUUUCAAAACGCCGUUGCGAUAUUGAAAACGAUUGCAAAAUACUUCUCCAUUUC